AUGUUACCCGGGGAGCUGGAAGGGAUCGAGUCAUUGUUCUUUCAAGCCGAGUUGGUUGACGGAGAGUGCGAUAACAAUGCUUAUUCUUUUGCAAACGAAAGCACAUGGAGUGUGAAGAUUGAGAUGCGAAAUUCCAUCGAAUCCAAUGCCAAACUAAGAAUUCAAACUGUGGUGGAGAUACAAAAUAAGAUUGCAAGUCAGUUUUCGGAGUAUAACAUCAACGAUAAGGGAAUUGGCGAGUUAAUUGAUAAGCCUAGUUUAACCUCGAGUACUGAUCUGAGUGAUAUGAUCGCAAAGUGUAAACCUCUUAAGAAGAGUCCUGCAGAAACGUUAUCAGAAUGUUCCCAUAGAAGCGGCUUCUCCGGCGGGGACUUACUUUUCGAAGACAACUUUGACAACGAUCAGAAGCUCACGGAUAACUGGAAACACGAGGUAAGGUAUCGUAAUACCGGCGGGAAAAACCAGGAGUUCGUUGCCUUCGUGGACGAUCCUAACAAUUCGAAUGUAACCAACAACAAAUUGCACAUAUCAAUUACCAAAGAUGAGAGAGAUAAGAUUCUUCUGGGCUGCACCAGCAAAAAGGAGGGUCUAGCAAAAAAAAAGGAGUGUGGACGGAGCUCGGGAAGAUCGAAACGGGAGCCUUGGGUCUCCAAGACCUUCAGGUCCGCCAAUAUGCACACGAACUUUACCUUCAAAUACGGACGAGUUGAGAUCAGAGCUAAAAUGCCUACGGGUGAUUGGUUAUUCCCCAGUAAGUGA